AUGAUGAAAACCCUAACUACGGAUGAUAGAGGCUGUGACAGCUCGAUCAACUGGGGAGCAUAUCGGGAGAACGCCUAUGAUCAACUACCACGAUUCGACUCACUUCCUCACGGUGGAAUUGCAUUGAUACGCUCCUACCAGACUGUCCUUGAGAGGAAUGAAACAUUCACACAAUAUUUCACAAAACAACACCUCGAAAGCUACGAUGCAGAGGCAAACCUGAGGGAGCAAAUGGGCAUUCCUCCGUCUUUCUCUAACCCGGAGGAUACUGCAAGCGAAGCGGGCCUAAUGCUUAGCUGGGUUAACAUUAUCCGCCAGGGUGAUUUCGAAAUGCAAUCUGAUGGUUCUUUUCUCUGCCGCACACAGGGAAAGGUUGUUGAAAUUGAUAAGUCCCUGCAUACUGCCAUCGCUAUCUACCGAUCCAUGCAUCCUCUGACUAGCAAUGCGUGGCCAAGUCACGCCGACGUGGAUAAAGAGACCAAGAUAAGUCUGGCAAUUGAGGCCGAUAUCAUGGAAGAGUUUAACAAUCAAUCAAAAUAUUUGGACAAAUUGAAGCAACUUAAACUUGCACUGAAGAGACGCCGGAAAACACUACAACGAAGUGUUGACCCACAAGCGUCUGCGAAGAAAGGGCAAAUACCGCAAGGACUUCGAACCCAAUACUCGACCCCAUCCCAAUUACACCCCAAGGUAACUGCUGAGCCUCAUGAUAGCCUUACACGACGAUCAUCAGAAAGCUCAGACGUGUCAACUGGCAGUGACAUCUCCUUUACUGGUGGUCGCAAUGGCCCGAAAUCCAUGAGUAUCGACUCAAGUGACGCUCCGGAUCUGAACAUCACUGCCCGCACAGCAAACGAUCAGAGCAAGGAAAAUGAAAAGGAAAAGCCAGCAUCUGCUUUGGGGAACGGAAACCAGGAGAUUAUCUUCAUUGAUGACAGCAGCAGCGUGCCAUCAGCUCGAGUCACCCCAGUCAAUGACGAUCGGGGUAAUAUAUCUAGCAAAGCCCUGUCGACAAAGCGUUCGCUCCGGGGCAUUGACGACGAGGGCGUCACGAAACAAUGUUCGAAAAAAUCAAAAAGUGAGAACACCACGCCACCUCCAAAUUCCGAUACCCUAGACCAAUGCAAGAAACCGCGGAUGUUGAGCGAACAACCCCGGGAGUCCCACAAAGCCAAAGAGCGAAAACGAAAAAGGAAAAACUUCACUGAGUACGAGAAAGAAAAUGCCCCAGCUUGGUUGCGAGCCCAAUACGACGCCCACAGGCCCUCCGGUGAAAUCGAGCGCGCAUACGUCGAUAAAUUCGGCGUCCGCCACCGCAGCUCAACUCUGAAAAGCUGGCUAGAGCGAAUGGAAGAACAAGCCCAAAAUGCCGAAAUGCAGCACCAAUUGCCCACAGUUAGAUCCCACCCCGAGAGCCUGAUCGUGAAAUUGAAAACUACUCCGCUCAGGCAUGCGCCCAAGCCGCAGGCCCGCAUAAUGCCAGCAAGUGAAGGUGCUGAUCCCGGAAUCUUCUCGCCCGCCUACUUCUUCCCUUAUCCUGAACCUGAUUAUCGUUUCUUGGGGGAACGCCGAGCCUCCUCCGCUGGGUACAGUCUGGAUUUGCCCCGUCGACCAUCUUUGCUUGGUAGCCCCUCGAUCAAAAGCGGUCUGCCGAAUGUUUAG